UGUGUGUGUAUGUGUGUGCGUGCUCUAUUGCCAGGAACUACUUUCAAACUCUAUUAAAAUGGUAAAAGGUGGAAAGCGAUAUUCUUCAAUGAGCAAUGAUGGCAAAUGGUUUGCUCAUCCAGUUUCGCCAGAAAAUGAGACCUGGAGUCGGGAGCUCUCUACAAGCACCGGGUUCAUGCUGACUCAGGUUCAAUCAUCACUUCCUCCGGCUUUGGACACAGUGCGCUUUCCUAAAUGGAAUACUCAGCAGAUACCCAGAGAUCAUCCGUUCUCCCACCACGACAACAAGCAGGCCUUAAGAGACCACAUCUCUGUCUUCGCUCAGGGUGUCGGGCGCAGGAAGUUUCUCCAUCAUCGGUCAGACCCCCACCUGUUGUGCCACGACGGAGCCGACGGCGGCCCCGACGCCACUGGCAGGAGCGUCACCGUCCACCGGGCUGACUUCAGCGCGAAGCAGGCUGUCGACGUCCCAACCCGCAACCGGCGGUUCCCCCGCGACCACAAGCAGAGGUCUGCGGAGGCGGCUCCGUCGCACGGAGGGGGGACGUUCUUGUGGUUCGGGCGACUCGACUCCAAGCGCUCUGAGACGCUGCAAGUGCAAGCAGCAGCAGCAGCAGCAGCAGCAGCAGCAGCAGCAGCAGCAGCAGCAGCCGACUGUUCAGCGCCCCCCGAGCCGUUAAACAGUGAUAUAUUCAGACACCUGUUGAGUGGGUGCAGCGUAGAAGGCGUUCACAUGUGAACUCUGGAGGUCCAGCUGUCAAAUAAAGCAGUGAAUUAGUAGCUCGAGAUAGCCUUUUCUCCUGUUCAGAGAGCCCUGGAGGGUUAGAUUCUCUGAUUCUUCUUCAUGUAGCUGGCUAUAUUCCAAUGCACUUGGCAAUGCUAUUUUGAGACAUCCAGUUGUAUUUGGCUUAUUUAAAGGGCCUUGAAAUGUAGAUUUGUUGUAUUGAAUGACAUUUUUAGUUAUUUACACAUCAAGAUGGACACUCCAGUGAUUUGGCUUCACAGUUUUCUUGCGUAUGGAGAUUUGGUUUAAAACAAAGCAGCAGAGGCCAAGAUAUCCUAAAUUUUCUUCAUUAGUGUGUCCAGCUUCAAAGAAAUCUGAUCCUACAUUUCCCAUAAUACCCCUUAUCUGUCUGAUCAAUGUUUCUGUGAAAAGUUUAAUUUUUUCUUUUUUGUUUUUUUAACCAUCAUCAUUCCUUGAAGUUCUACAUCAUACUUUCUACAUUGGUUUUUUUUCUGUCUGAAGAGUCAAAUGUUGAGUUUACCAUCACUUGAGAUCUUGAACUUGAGAUUUGUACGUUUCUGAUU